AUGUCUCCAAGGGGCGGGCGCUGGUGGUGGCGGAGGGCAUUCCGUAUGACCCUGCUCCUGUCGGCGGCGGGCCUGCUCCUGACGCGACCCUCCUUCACAUCACAACUGGAGGCGGACUUCCCUCACCAUCACCCCGACAGACUCGCGCACUUUCUCGCAGACUUCACCAACUACCCAAACGUCUACACGCACAUCAGCGGUCCGUGGCAAGUCGUAGAGGAGCAGAGCAACCUGACGUGGUGGCGGUACACUGUGUCCUACGAGUGUGGCACGCGUUGUGAGGGUCGCCUGCAGCUUGACCACACCCAGACUCCGCUCGACCCGAGCGCCGGUCGCGAGCAUCGCGUGCUGGUGAGGGACGAGCGCUGCUCCCGGGUGCCGCUGUUGCCCUGGCCGCGGAUCUGCGAGGACACUCACACGGAGACCUCGGUCAGCCCUCGCGCCGGCGGAGGGGCCAAGCUCGCUGAGCUCAGCGUGUCGCGCUGUGGACUCCUCGGAGCCCUGACGAGAGCUUGCGGAGCUCUCGACCGGGAUGAGGUCCUACGCAACUGGAAGAGAACACUCGCCGAAGUGUCCCUCCAACAGUGAAGUUUAAUGUGUAAUGUUUUUGUUAACUUAAAAGUUAUACGACUCAUCGUCGUAACCGAAAGUAUUCAUUUGUUUAUUAAUAUCUGUAUUUUCAUUAAACACUAAAAAUAAUCAAAGAAA